CGCUUUACACCAAGGGAUUUUAUAUUUUUUCAUUUUUCAUUUUCUUUUCAUUCUAACUCAAAAAUCUCUCUCUUAUCUCCAUACUCUCUCGUCUUCUUCGUAUCAUUUUCUUCUCCGCCGCUAUCAACAACAAUCACCCUAAAUCAUGCUCACACUCAGAAUCGACCAAGACCCACAUGCAAUCUCGCACCAUUUUUGUUGUUCUUUCAUCGUUUCUAACUACACAACGAGAAGUGGUCUUUCAUCGGUUUCAAUUUCCAAUUUCCUUUUGUUUCUUCUUCCUUUUUAUUACCUUAUUGCGAUCUGAGAUCUUGCGAUUUCUUUUUUUGUUAUUCUCUCAACAUUUUCCUUCACCUAUGGUUACUAUCAUUCAAGCGAAGUUGGAUUUGACCCAGCGACUAUUGUUGUUAGAGUUCAAUUUUAUCGUAAAUUCUGGUUUGCGUCAUAUUCCCCAAUUUCUAGGGUUCUUGAUUUUUGAUAUUGUUCAGGGUUCUGCAGAUUCGAUGAAUAAAUCAAAAUAGAAGAUUCAAUCGCGGCUGAUGAUUCCGUCGACGAGCUCGAUAGCUACAUGUUCCAAACGGUUUGACUCUUUUCCAACUUGAUCCUCUUGCUCUUUAUUGGGGCUUUUGUCAUGAUCGCAUUUUCUUGUUAUUUGCUUUGGUAAUUUUUUUAGAUUGAUUUAGUUUAUUAUUUAGGGAUUUUGAUUGUUUGAGUUAAAAAAAACAGAUAUGUGGUCCAUGCCUUGUAUGGUCUAAGAUUUGUUAGAAUAAUAUUAGUGUUGUAUACAUAGUUUCUGAUUCUAACUCUCUUCUUUACUUCAUGGGGAGUACCACUGCAUCCUCUGGUGAGUUGGGUUUCUUUCAGCUUCUGUUAUCCUAUUCAAAAUUUGAAGCUUUAUUGGUUUUUACAAGUUCAAUUUCUGGUUGAAACAUGAGUCAUUAUGAAUGUAUAAUGUUCUUAUUGUAUCUGUUUUGGUUGUACCAGAGAUUGAAACUGAUAGUAAUUUUGAAGUUCAUGUGUUCUCUUCAUCAUUUGAGAAAAGCUUCAUCAAACAUGGAGUUCAGUGGAGAAACCACCAUAUCCGGCUAUGUAUUCUAGUGUCUAUGGAGGAAGGUGCAUCAGAAGCAGACCUUAGUAUACUUCCAAAAUACAGAUUUCGAUUAUUAAACAAUGAGGAGAAGGCUAGCGGUGGAGCUGGAUCGAUGAUUCCCACACAAACCUCCAGUGGAUACUUGGCUAAUGAACAAAUACUUUUACCUGAGGAUGCAGUUAAUGGGGCUGCUGAUCAUCUUCUUCGGUCCCUUCUUGGAAGUCAGAUUCACUAUUAUCCAAUAGACCAAUAUAAGUGUGUUCUUAGUUACCCUGAUGUUGUUGCUCUUGAAGAGUGGAUUAGCCCAAAAGAUUUUUUCGACUGAUGAAAGGUUGAUUCCAAAGUGGCAUAUUCCUUGUGAUGAAUAUAAAUUCAUUUUGCAAACGAGCUUUUAGAUAUUCACUUUAAGUCUGCUUUGCAAGAGAAUUGGUCUCAUGAAUGAAAUUUUGGCUGCUAUGGACACUGUAAAGUAUGUCUUUUACCACAAAUGAUUAACUGUUUGUUUAUAUAAUAAUAAUUUGUCUUAUAUAUACUGCUAAACGAAACUUAAACAGUUAGAUUGCAUAUCAAACCAUACAAAAUUAACCGACUACAAUUAUUAGCAGAUUUGGUACAUUUACCAUACAAAAUUUAUUGGACUUUGGGAAAAGCAUAAAAAUGUUGUUGUUGUUGUUGUUGUUGUUGUUGUUGUUGUUGUUAUUAUUAUUAUUAUUAUUAUUAUUAUUAUUAUUAUUAUUAUUAUUAUUAUUAUUAUUAUUAUUAUUAUUAUUAUUAUUAUUAUUAUUAUUAUUAUUAUUAUUAUGUGUGCCACUUUAAACAAAAAAAAAACCCUGCCAAAAGGGGUGCAUUAGAAAGCAUUUCUAAAUUAAAGUGGGGAAUAGACAGCGCUUUUAAAGAAAAGCGUUGUCUAAAGGGAACCAAAAAAAGAACUAAAAAAGCGCUGCCUAAAGGGGGACAAUAGAAAGCGCAUCUCAGCAAAAAAAGUGCUGCCUAAAGGGGCCCAAAGAUAGCGCUUAUGGAAUAAAGCGCUGUCUAAAGUAGACAUAUGGCAGCGCUUUUACUUUAAAAAAGCGCUGGCUUUACCUACAACAGCGCCAGCAUAGGCAGCGCUUUAAAGCGCUGUCUAUUCCAAAAAAAAGCGCUGUCUAAGGUGUUUUAUGGCGUAGUGGUAUUUAUCAUUUCCACGAGGGAUGUUUUCAACUUAAAAGUAAAGAAGAUAAACAAGAGGUGGUUAUUCAAAAAUUCAUAUACAAAAUAUAUAGUUU